GAUAAGGGACUGAAAUGUAAGAUAAACGUUCCGGACACAGUGCUUUUUCGAUAUGGGCAGCUAUCGGCUUGGUGGGCAACGAACAAGGAGGGCUAUAUCCAACGGCACGCGAGCCAUAACACGACGAUGGAGGCGAUUCGGAGACGCUUUAUUCAGGUCGCUGAGUGCGACGAGGCAAACUACAGUAAAUAUGUUGUUGUUGUACGGGCAGGUGACGGCCAUCCCCAGCUGCUGCGGCUGCAGGCCUUCAACCAGCUGACGGAAAUGUUAUCCGACCGGCUGGAGGCGGGCAACCUGGCGGCAGCUCCGGAGGUGGACUCGCUGCAGGUGCUGCAAGCGUUUGUGCAGCCCCACAACGACCUGCGGUACGUCACCACGUAUGUCGCAUCUGGCGCCAACAACAUCACCUGUCACACCUUUCAGCGGAAGUACAGUCGGAGGUACGUGGCGCAGGGCUCCACGCUGCCGCCGGGUGCCGACGACGCCUUUGUCAACGACUCGUCCUUCGCCUGCGGCAAGAUUUAUCUACAGUCCGUACUCCGUACGGAAUGGGCGACGAACGCGUACGGCAACGGAGGCGGCAGCCUCGGUGCCGCGAACUUGACUGGGGAACCUUUGGAGUUGGAAGAUGGAACGACGCCGCAGUCGCCGCGGUCACCGCGGUUGCCGCCGCCGCCACCGCCACCGCCGCUGGGCGACGGAGGGGAUGAAACGAUGGCGCCGGUGACGGAAUUCAUCCGGCCCGCCGGUGUCCCCGGCGUCGGCGCCGGCAGUACGAUGUCAUCGCUGGCAGCCUUCCCUGGCGGCGGCCGCGCCGCCGGGCUCAGCGUCAGCGUUACGAACACCUGGCCAUCCCACCAGCAUGAAAAUCAGUUAGGCAGCGGCGCCGUCACCGCACGAUCCGCCGCUGGAACGGCAUCGGGGGGGUUGCAACCGUUAGGCGCGGCUGGCGGCGGCGGCGGUGGCGGCGGCGGCGGCGGCAGGAUUCAGUCCGCCCGCUCCGCGCUGGGCGGAUCCUCCGUUAUGGCUGAUCGCGGUGGCGGCGGCAGCGCCGCCACCCGGCCCGCACGUCCCGGCUCCUCCCCCGUCGCCUUCGGCCGCAACUCCAACACAUCCCCCCUCAGGAGCUCCUCCCUGGCGCCCGGGCCCACACCGGGGAUCAUUCCGAAUACGGGCCUGCAGUUGACCAGGGAUUUGGAGGCGGCUAGAGAUCAACUGUUGAUACAAAACCAGCUGGCGGAGGCCAGCGCGGCAAAGGUACGGCAAUUGGAGCGCGAGAAGGAGCUCUUGGUAGCUGCUUUUGACCACCGUGUAUCCGAGCUGCAGUCCUCCCUGUUGGUGGCUAGACAGGAUCUGAACAGCGCACGACAAGAUGCCGAGGAGCAGCGCAAGCGCGCCACGGAGGCCGAGGCUCGCAUCACCGAGCUGGAGGUGCGGGCGCACUCCCUGCAGUCCACUCUGGACGGGGAGCGGGGCACCGUGAUGACGGCCCUCAAGGAGUGCCACGAGCGGGACGUGUCGGUGAAGCGGAGGGCGGAGCAGCUGGAGGCCGAGGUGCAGAGACUCACGGAGAGGCUCAAAGAGGAGACCACGGCUGUAGCCGCCCUCAAGCGGCAGCUGCUGCAGUUCUCCGAUAUCGCCGAGCGCUACGCCACCACCCUGAGAGAGGGGGAGAUGGAGCCUGGGAUGCAGGAGGUGCUCGACAGGGUGCAAAAGCUGUUUGUAGGGCAAACCAACCCCUUUGGCGAAUCGUAUGCCGUGCAGAAAGUGCUCAACCAUUACCAUGGCGACCUGCGAGCGGUGUUUUUAUAUUACGCGCAGCUCGAGAACAACUUCGCCGCCUACUGGCCCCCCAGCCUGGCCUUCCAGCAAUGGAUGCUCUUCUGCAAAGAAACGGAGACCUCGGACCCGCGCUCCAACAGCCGCGUGUCGGCAGUUACACAGCCACAUAAGAUGCUGCACCCGAGGGACUGCGAGGCCGUAUUCCGAGCCUACGCCAAGCUCGACCCCAACGCCAUCAACACCGCCGCCCCCGUGCUCACCUACGAGGGCUUCCUCUCCGCCAUUAUCGACGUGUCAUUCCGCGUCAAGCGCUUUGACAACCCGUACCUAUCCGAAGCCGUACGCGAGUACAUUUUAUCUUACGUCUCCCGCGCGUCGAAGAUGUCUCCGACGGGUCUUCGACGCGGUCAGGUUCGCGAUGCACUCGAGGGGACGAAGGAGGGUCCGCCGCCUUCGCCGGGGGGGCCCCACCUGGCACCCACAAAGUCCAUGACCCGCGGUGGCGGUGCCGCCGCUAAGAAGAAGGCCGCCACCAUUGCCAGUUCUGUUCAUGAGUACCCUCUGGUGCGAACCAUGACGGGGCUGAUCCGCACCACCACGGGCACGUCUGCGGGCGGCAGCCUGGCCGCCAGUCGGCCCUCCAGCGCCCUGAGUCGCAAGAACAGCAUCCACCAGACGGCUUUGGAACAGGACCUGGCGCUGGAGGUGGAGGCGACACGCUCAGUUUUGGAGCUGCUGUUUAGUACUGGGUUGUGGGGUGGAGGAUGUGUUCGUUACGUGUGGGGUCGAGAGCACGUAUCUGACUGA